AUGGAUGCCAAAACCAAACAAAGUUUGGUGCUUUUGCUUUGCUUAUGCCUACAUCUCAAAACCCAUGUUUGCCUUGCAGCUGACACCAUUGCUGCAAACCAAUCUCUCUCUGGUGAUCAAACCAUUGUCUCUGCAGGAAAGGUUUUUGAGCUGGGUUUCUUCAAACCAGGUAAUUCUUCAAACUACUACAUAGGCAUGUGGUACUCUAAACAACUAGUAUCUUUGGAGACCAUAGUUUGGGUGGCAAAUAGGGAAACACCAGUUUCUGAUAGAUUUUCUUCAGUCUUGAGGAUCUCAGAUGAUAAUUUAGUUCUCUUUAAUGAGUCCAACACUCCAAUUUGGUCCACAAAUUUAGCCUCCACCACCACCUCAGGUUCUACAGAAGCAGUUCUUUUAGAUAGUGGAAACCUUGUCUUAAGAACGGCUGGGUCUAAUGCUAAUACAGCAGAGCCUUUGUGGCAAAGCUUUGAUCAUCCAACUCAUACAUGGCUACCAGGAGCUAGAAUUGGAUUCAACGCUGUCACCACUUCAUGGAAGAGUUCAGAGGAUCCUGCACCAGGUCUUUUCAGUCUUCAGCUUGAUCCCAAUGGAAGUAAUGCAUAUCUCAUAUUUUGGAAUAGGUCUAGACAGUAUUGGAGCAGUGGAGCAUGGGAUGCAAAGUCACGUAUUUUCAGCGGGGUUCCUGAGAUGAGGCGUAACUAUAUCGCAAUUUCCUAUAUCUUCAAUUUCAGUUUUGUUACAAACAAAAACGGAGGUUAUUUCACCUAUUCUAUUAAUGAUCCUAAGAUAAUAUCUCGAACCGUAAUGCAUACCUCAGGGCAGAUUCAGCAACUCUCAUGGUUGCAGAAUUCCAGCAAGUGGAAUUUGUUUUGGACCCAACCAAGUACGCAAUGUGAAGUUUAUAAUUUAUGCGGGGCAUUCGGCAGUUGCAACGAGGUAAGCCCGGUCUCCUGUAAUUGUUUGACAGAUUUUGAGCCAAAGUUGCAGAGGGAUUGGAAUUUGCAGGCUUAUUCUGGUGGGUGUAAAAGAAAAACCCCUCUGCAUUGUGAGAAUGCUACUAGUGCUGACGGGAAGCAAGACCAAUUUAAGAAAAUGGCUGCGAUGUCAUUGCCUGAAAAUGAGCAGUCUGUGAAGGUUGAGACUAUUGCGGGAUGUGAAUCAAUCUGCUUAAAUAAUUGCUCUUGCACUGCUUAUGCUUAUAAUAGCAGUGGAUGUUCAAUUUGGAUCGGAGAACUCUUCAAUCUGCAACAACUCACCUCAAGUGAUAGUCAGGGAAUAACUUUGUAUCUCAGACUUGCAGCUUCCGAGUUUAAGAGUCCUAAAAGCAAUAAGGGAUUGAUUGUUGGUGUUGUGGCAGGCUCAGCUGCUGGAAUAGCAAUUCUCUUAGGCCUUAUUGUGGUUGUAAUCUUGAGACAAAGGAAGAGAGUGACUGGAACGGGAAAAGCAGUAGAGGGUUCAUUGUUGGCCUUUGGGUACAGAGAUCUGCAAGACGCAACAAAGAACUUCUCAGAAAAAUUGGGGGGAGGAGGCUUUGGUUUUGUUUUCAAAGGGACCCUGCCUGAUUCAUCUGUCAUAGCAGUAAAGAAGCUUGAAAGUGUCAGCCAAGGAGAGAAGCAAUUCAGAACUGAAGUGAGCACAAUAGGGACAAUUCAACAUGUCAAUCUUGUCCGGCUUCGCGGGUUCUGCUCCGAAGGUACAAAAAGGAUGUUGGUCUAUGAUUACAUGCCGAAUGGAUCAUUGGAUUCUCACCUUUUCCAUGAUAAGCGUCCAAAUGUUUUGGAUUGGAAAACAAGGUACCAAAUUGCUCUGGGGACCGCAAGAGGGUUGGCUUAUCUUCAUGAGAAAUGCAGAGAUUGCAUCAUACAUUGUGACAUAAAGCCAGAAAACAUUCUUUUAGAUACUGAACUUGGUCCAAAAGUGGCAGACUUUGGCCUUGCAAAGCUUGUCGGAAGAGAUUUCAGCAGGGUCCUGACAACCAUGAGAGGGACAAGAGGCUAUCUUGCACCAGAGUGGAUUUCAGGAGUGGCAAUAACAGUGAAAGCUGAUGUUUACAGCUAUGGAAUGAUGCUGUUUGAAUUCGUGUCGGGACUACGAAACUCUGAGCAAUCUGAAGAUGGCAAAGUUAGAUUCUUCCCAAGUUGGGCUGCUAACCAGAUAAGCACUGCAGAAACUGAUAUGCUGAGCCUAUUAGACCCCAGGCUAGAUGGAAAUGCUGAUGUACAAGAGCUCACAAGGAUUUGUAGGGUUGCUUGCUGGUGUGUUCAAGAUGAUGAGGCUCAUAGGCCAUCAAUGGGCCAGGUGGUGCAAAUCCUUGAGGGAGUUUCAGAUGUCAACUUGCCACCAAUACCAAGGUCUCUCCAUGUCCUUGGAGACGACCAGGAGCACAUAAUCUUCUUCACUGAGUCAUCCUCAAGCCAGAGUUCACAUCAAAGGAGCAAUAACAAUUCAACAGCUUCCUCUCAGACCAAGAGCACCACAUCUUCAACCAUCUCCAAGAGAUCUGAAGAAGAGCAUCAAAUAAACACUUGA